CAUCCUGUAGCCCUCCUUGCCCCCGCUGCUGUUACCGUCACCCACGCGCAACAUGGCGGCCUCUGUUUCACCGCUACUACGCUACUCCUUCCGUAUCCGUUAUGGUUCAUCACUAAACCAUCCAUGCUGUCGUGUCAGAUUGCAAAUGCACAGAAAAUGCGACUGCCAGCGAAGACAUUUUCAUCCGUCGGCAAGCAGACAUGCAGCUGUGGUGCUCUCGGGAACGGAUCUUGCUCGGCAGAUCCACAGAGAGAUCCAACGAGAGGUGGAGGAGCUGGUCGCCCAGGGCAACAUGAGGCCCCACCUGGGGGUGGUGUUGGUGGGGGACGACCCCGCCAGCCGCACCUACGUCCGGAACAAGACCAGAGCCGCCAGCGUUCUGGGUAUCUCCAGUGACACAGUGCUGAGGUCCAGCUCUGUCUCUCAGGAGGAGCUGCUGGACCUGAUUGACAAAAUGAAUCGAGACUGGAAGAUCAGCGGCCUGCUGGUGCAGUUGCCCCUGCCAGGUCACAUCAACGAGAGGGCGGUGUGCAACGCCAUCGCCCCGGAGAAGGACGUGGACGGCUUCCACAUCGUGAACAUGGGGAAGCUGUGUCUGGACCAGCGGGCCAUGGUGCCGGCCACGCCUGCAGCUGUGUGGGAGAUCCUCCACAGAGCUGGCAUAGAGACCGUGGGGAAGAAUGUGCUGGUGGCCGGCCGCUCCAAGAAUGUGGGGAUGCCCAUCGCUAUGCUGCUACACUCUGACCGUACCCACGAGAGGCCUGGAGGUGACGCCACGGUAACCAUGGCUCACAGGUGCACUCCCAGAGAGAGGCUGAGAGAGCUGGCCAGCCUGGCGGACAUCCUGAUCGCAGCCGCAGGAGUCCCAGGGUUGAUCACAGCAGACAUGGUGAAGGAGGGAGCGGCCGUUAUAGACGUGGGGAUCAACCGUGUCCGGGACCCUGCCACCGGGAAGCUCCGCCUGGUGGGGGACGUGGAUUUUGAGGGUGUGAAGGAGAAGGCGGGGUUCAUCACCCCUGUUCCUGGAGGGGUGGGGCCUGUGACAGUGGCUAUGCUAAUGAGGAAUACUGUGACUGCUGCCAGAAAUGCCCUGACACACUGACAUGUCUCCUACACAGGUUCAUACAUACAGUACUAGUGACAUGUCUCCUACACAGGUUCAUACAUACAGUACUAGUGACAUGUCUCCUACACAGGUUCAUACAUACAGUACUAGUGACAUGUCUCCUACACAGGUUCAUACAUACAGUACUAGUGACAUGUCUCCUACACAGGUUCAAACAUACAGUACUAGUGACAUGUCUCCUACACAGGUUCAUACAUACAGUACUAGUGGGCCGUGUAUUGUGCUGACAUGCAAAGGAGUUUGUGCAGUGAGUUGGGCAUCAGAUUCAGUUAUAAUAUGCGGGCAACACACAUCCACUGACUGGUUUGAUUUGGAUGAACUUGUUCUGUUGCAAAACUCUCAAUUCAUCCUUGGAAUUACGACGUUUUGUUGAUGAUUAUUUAUUUUGGUAUUUAUUUAUUUGUUGUAGUUUUUUUCUUUACUAAUUUUAUUGAAGGUUUUUGUGAUUUGUAUUUUUUCUACUGACACUUGUGCUCUGCUCACAGUUAGAAUAUAACAUUUUAAGAUUGUUUUGACUAGAAAAGGGACUGAAUAUAAGGUUUAUGCGUGAAUUAAUA